AUGGACAACAAUCCAGAUGACUCGCUCCGCACGCUAGUCUACCUUCAAGUGCACGCUGCUCCCCUGGCAGUGCAAACAUACUUUUACGCAAUAUGUACUGGUCUUACCGCGUACAUCCUGUACCAAAAAUGGGGCCCUGGGGCAGAUCGAAGGUCGAUGCCGCCAUCCGCAUUCAUGGUGUUCGUAACUCUGGCGACGUUUCUUGUGUUCACCCUGUUAUGCAUAAUCGACACGUACUCUCUGUGGUAUCUGGCGUAUCAGUCUCUAUCCGACUCUGCGACCGACGAAGUGACACAGACAUCUGGCAAGCUUGUAUACAUAGAGAACUUCGUGAGUUUUCCAGCGACAGCACUGAUGUUCACGUUGGGCGACGUGGUUGCCUUGUGGCGAGCUUAUGUUAUCGUGGGGCGGCCUCGUUUGCUGUUGGUGUUAUCUGGCUGUGUGAUUCUGGGCGAGAUCGCUUCCUGGAUCUUAACCAUCGUCCUCUGGGCUAGACUUCUCCUGGGUGGCCCAUACGAGCCACACCUCUUGGCAGAUUCCAAGACAGUACUCGUACUUAACAUCGUUCCCUUCAUCGUCACGGCAUUCGUAGAAUUGAUCGCCACCUCACUGAUAGCUUAUAAAACUUGGAUGCAUUGGAAAGAUGUUCGCGAGUUCGUGGGCAUAACAACCAUUCGGCGCAGUACUGCGACACUGGUGGUCGUCGUAGAGUCUGGACUUGUCUAUCUCAUCUUUCUUAUAACAUAUAUCCUCCUGUUUUACUUUCCCCGACCGAAUCAGGGCGUGGUAUCCCUUGCAUUCUUAGUCGUAUUCCAAUAUAGUCUCCAGUCUCUCAUCUUCAUAUAUCCCACCCUAGUCAUUGUUCUGGUGGCCGCACGGAUUGCCGUCCUCGAGCACAGUAUCCAUUCCGUCGAUCUCCGGAGUGGUUUGCGCUUCGCCCUUCCACCUGGUGGUACAGGGAGUCAGGACCACGACGCUCCGCGCGCGCAGUCUCACAGAUGGGGUCCACGAGAAGAAGACCGCCAGCAAGAGAUGUCGCAGGGAUCGGACAUUAUCCUUGGACGUGAUGUCGGGUUUGCCGGCCUCGCCACGGCGACGAACGACGCAGAGGAUAUCGAGUCAAAGAGUGGCGCGGGGACGCGUCGGGUGGAAUUGAGAGCAUCGCUAUCUCUGGUCGAUGUAUCGGUUCAGAGAGACAGUAGACUUGCGGGUGAACCCUCCCCAAUGUCACUUCCGUGA